AUGAAGAAUUCCGGAGAAAAGAUUGAGAUAACAAACCGGGACGUUAAACGUCUGAGGUCGUUUACAGCUAAAAGCCCUUUACAAGGAUUGAACCUGAUCGAGAAGUUGAUAGGGAUGGCGAUGGUGGGCGUGUUAGUGGGCGGGUUUACUGGUCUCCUUGUGUUGUUCCUCAACAUGAUCAACGCCAAAAAAUAG